AUGGGAUUUAUAGAGGAAAACGGUUCUACGAACAUCAUGGGAUUUAUAGAGGAAAACGGUUCUACGAACAUCAUGGGAUUUGUACUUGAAGAAAUGAUGAAGCUGAGAAACGAGCAUACAUUUAACUCAAUGAGCAACAAUUCAAUUCUAGAAAAUGUACUUGGACGAAUCUCUGUUCGUUUGUCAGGGUGGGGACGUGAUCCUGUUGUUGUUAGUAACACAAGUAAUACUAAGAAUUCAAAGCGCCCUACUUACAAUGAAUUAUUGGAUGAUGUUCGAAAGAUGAAAAAAAGAUGUGCAAUUAUGGAACAAAAGAUGAUUGAGAAAAAUAUCAUGCCUCUUUCGUUAAGUAUAUUAUCGGGGCAAUCUGAAAAUGAUACAUCCGACUGUGAUACAUCUACCCACACCCCGUCUGGACAGUCUCAUGGUGAGAAUAUUGAUGAGUUUGAUCAUAUGGAAUGA